UUCUAAGGGGGCUUUGUUUGUUAUCGACAAACCGGAAGUUGCAGGUCUUUGUGCGUUAGAGUCUUGACAUUAAGUUUAGUUCAUGACUUGUAUGCGAGGAAACACGGAGAUAAACCAACAGGAGGGUCACAGGGGAUCCACAGGGGAUCCACAGGAGAUCCACAGGGAUCCACAGGGAUCCACCACAGAUCGACGGGUUGGUGACAUCAGCUUUAAGAGAACUUUCCCUUUAACUCACCUGACGUGACCACACCUGAGCUUCAUUUCCGGACUGUGUGACCACAAACAGCAGAAGAAGAAGAAGAGGAAGAAGAAGAGGAAGAAAAGGAAGAAGAGGAAGAAGAAGAGGAAAAGGAAGAAGAUCACCUCCUCGGAAACUGGACAGAAGACAGAGAAUGAGAAGACACACUGAGGGAGAGGACGAGGUGGUGACAUCAUCAAUGACGGAGUCUAGCACGCUGCAGUGGCCUGGAGACAGACAGAUAGGUGGAAAGACAGGUGAAGGACAGACAGGUGGACAGACGGGUGGUAAGAUGGGUGAAGGACAGACGGGUAAAAGGGACAGGAUGAGUGUGAGGUCAAGCGAGGAGACAAGUUGGACAGAAAGUGAGAGAGAGCUGAUGGCAGAUAGGCGUAGGAGGUCGGGAUCAGUUGGAGAGUGGGAGGGGUUGACGACAUACCUGGAAAAGGAGGUGGAGCCUACAGAGAAUCACCUCCCAGAAAAAGCUGCUCAGGUGUUUAGUCCUGCAGUGACCGUCCUACCCUCCCUGUCCUCACCCAGACAGAGUGAGGCAUUCUGGGAUAUGGAGUCAGAGAAGAGUCCCUUCCUGGGUCCCAGAAGAGCGUCGCAGGACUACAACCAACAUGGCUGCCAGUACGAGUGGACCAAAGACACGUCCCCUGCCAGAUGUGGGCGGGGCUGUCCCAGUAGAGACAUCCUGAAGAUGGGUGUAUCCUUGGUGACCUCAGCGCUCUUCUUCCCCUUCCUGGUGUGGGGGGGAUUUGUGUUCCUGCCGUUUGACGCCCCCUUGCUGGAUGGCGCCCCCUUGAGGCUCGUCUACACAUUGCGCUGCUCGGUGUUUGCAGCCACACCCAUCGUCCUCGGUUGGUUGGUCCUGGGCGUCACUCGGCUCCGCUCGGGCGUGUUGCGGCCUCUGUUUGAUGAUGAGACGAAGGAGGCGGAGCUUUAUGAUGUCACCAUCCACUACCGCUUUGUCUCUGACUCCACCUCCUUGUUCCUGAUCUACUUCCUGCAGCUGGUUGUCAUGGCAAUGUACCUGAGCCAAGAACAUCUGAAGCUUGUCCCCCUGCUGACGGUCGUCUUUGCCUUUGGACGGCUUAUUUACUGGGUGGCUGCUGCUUUUGGGAGCAGUGUUCGUGGUUUUGGUUUUGGCCUCUCUUUCCUGCCGAGUCUUGCCAUGAUGGUCGCCAACAUCUACUUCAUCUUCACGGUGGAGGCGGCAGGUUCCAUUUUCAGCCUCCUGCCUCCUCCUGAGACGCUGACACCGCCCUCCGGCAGACAGAGGUUCUGGGGAUGAUCGACAACUUUUCUGUUUGUAAUCAUUUGUUUUUUAAACUGAUUUUUUAUGAUCUGAAACCAAAACACCAAAUAAGAACAGUUGUUUAUAAACCCCGCCUUCUUUACGUAUAGCCACACCCACCUGAUGUUUGUUUGGAAUCUUUUAUCUUUUCAAGUUUCACAAUAAAAGAAUAAAACACAUCACUUCCUGAUUCUGUGUAAAGAGACAAUGAGUGUUCACACAUGUUUGUGAUCUGAUGUGGUCUGUGAGGUCUGAUGUGGUCUGUGAGGCCUUUGAGGUCUGUGAGGUCUUUGAGGUCUGUGAGGUCUGAUGUGGUCUGUGAGGCCUU